GUGUUUCGUCUUUCCUCUGUGUUUUGACGUACAGAGUUCAUGUAAAUUAGAUUGCGUGUGACGUCGGGUGUCAUCUGCGGGCAGUUGAGGACAGACAGCAGGAGAUUCCAAAAUGGCUACUCGUGACAAGGUUGAGGAGGAGAUAUACGACAAGGUUGUGGACCUGACAGAGUAUGCCAAACGUCAACGAUGGUGGAACCGUGUAUUUGGAAAUAACUCCGGGCCAGUAGCUGAGAAAUAUUCUGUUGCCACGCAGAUAGCCAUCGGUGGUGCAAGUGGAUGGUGUGCAGGAUAUCUCUUUCAGAAAGUUGGAAAAUUGGCUGCUACGGCAGUGGGAGGAGGUCUGCUGUUGCUACAGAUUGCAAACAACACCGGUUACAUCCAAGUGGACUGGAAGAGAGUAGAAAAGGAUGUAAACAAAGCGAAGAAACAAUUAAAGAAAGGCGCAAAUCAAGCAGGUCCAGAGCUGAACUCAUUUGUAGACAAGUCCACAGAAUUUGUGAAGAAAAAUAUUGUCGUCACAAGUGGUUUCAUCGGCGGCUUCCUGCUUGGCCUGGCCUCUUAGAACCUGACAAAGAGAAUAAAGAGAAUUUUUCUUAAUUUAUCGCUGUCAAGAAUAACAGUAUGAUUUGCUGCGGAAUGGUUUUAAAAUGUUUGGCAGCAGAAAGUAAAGGCUUGUCAGAAAUGAGCUCAUCAUUUUGUGUUACUACAGGAAACUGCACAUUGUAUUUUUUUAGAUUGCCUCUCAUUGUCUUUAAAUAAAAUAAGACAUGACUUUAUUAACCCAACUCUGGGGAAAGUCACAUAGUGAAAUAUACAAAAUCAAUAUAUUUAAAAAAGUUAUUCAUUCACUAUGACCAAAGUUAUAUUGUUCCUAAACAGAAAAUAAGCGUUCACUGACUUUUUUUUUUUGUGAUGCCAAAUACAAAUCUCAUUUUUAAAAAAUGAUAUUAAGGUGAAUACUGUGGUAUCAUUUUUGUUUUGAAUCACUGCAAGGCUUGAAUGUGAUACUGUUUUUCUCAAGUGCUGAUGUUUUGAUGGAUUGAGUGUCUUUUCUUUGACAUAUUUUUUUAAGGUAUUUAGUCUGGCUGUCAGUUAAAAUAUCAGACAUUUGUGAGAUGUUUUUUGCCCGUUUGCUGAAAAUAUACAAAAUAAAGAAAUAUAAUCUUGAU